AUGGAGCCGAACAUGGCGCCGCGGAGGCUGUGGCACGUGGUGCGCGCCGUGCUGUUCAUGCUCCGCAAGGGCAUGUCCAAGCGGAAGCUGUCCAUGGACCUCCAGCUCCUCCUCCACCGCGGCAAGAUCGCCGGCAAGGCCCUCAGCAGGCUCAUGAGCGCCCACGGCCACCACGACCAGGCCGCCUCCAGGUCGGCCGCGGAGGCACCUCCGCCGGCGUCGUUGUCGCGCCGCACCCUCGACCCCGCGCUCGCCGUCUAUGGCCCGCGCGGCGCCGGCCGCGAGGUGGAGUUCAGCUGCAGCAACACCCCGUCCUACCCGCCCGUCCAACUCAUCCCCGCCAAGCGCCGCCGCCGCAACAACCGCCGCACCCACCGCGGCGCCAACGGCGCGGAGCCAGGGUGGUACAACUACGACGCGGCCGACAUUGCCAAGGUCUUCGAGGUCCUCAACGACGAGCAGCUGCUGAACGAGGUCGUCGGCGACGGCGGUGCGGCGCCCCCCGCCGUGGUGGCGACGCCGUCCCCCGCGCUGUGGUCGAGCUUCGGCCGCAGCCCGGCGCCGGUGAGGCAGCUGCGGAUCACCGACUCGCCGUUCCCGCUGAGGGACGACGCGGCGGAUCUGGAGGGCGGGCUGGUGGAUCAGGAGGCGGACGAGUUCAUCAAGAAGUUCUACGACCAACUGCGCAGGCAGCAGAACCUCGCCGCCGCCACCCCGGAGUACGGCUACGCGGGUCGGGCCGCCGGCGUCGCGUACUAG